AUGGAAGACGCCAGCUUCAGUCUCCGGGCUGAGACGCAGCAGCUCCGAGAACAAUACAAUGCGCAACUGCGCAUGGACAGUCCGUCGCCGCGCCUUCAGUUUGAGUACGCAUGUCUUCUGUCGUGCUCCCCGAGUCGCGAGGAAAUCCGUGAGUCGCUGGAGCUCUUCGAUGAACUCUUGGAAAUCGGAUUCACUAGGGCCGACUGUCUGUUUCAGAUCUCUCUGGCGUACCUGAAGCUUGGCGAGUAUAACUCGGCGAAGCGCAGAGUUGAGACGCUUCUCCGCCUGGAGCCGCGGAAUCUGUCCGCCCUUUCGUUGCACAGCCUCAUUAUUGACCGAGCUUCCCACGAUGGACUGAUUGGCUCCGUGCUCAUGGGUCUCGCUGUUGGUGGCUGCCUCUGGUAUCUCAUGCGCUCGUGGGCGUCGCUCAAAUGA